AUGGAUGGCAGUGAAUGGCUGUCUGUCAGAGAAAAGAGAGGGAGGGAUGAGUUGGUCCUUGCCACAAACUUCCGACGCUCACUCCAUUCCCCACAUCACGCGUCUUUAUUCUGCCUGCGUCAGCCUAUGUAUAUAUUGUACAUAUCUCUAUAAAAGUCAGCCGUUGAUCUUCCGCUGAUCCCACCCGUCUGUUUGUCCGGCUUCGUCCUCUCUUUGAGUGAUCGAUUCAUUCAUUCACUGAUUUCAGAAUAGAAUAGAAUGGAAUAGAACAGAGCAGAGCAGAUUAGGCAGUGUCGGGGAGCAUAGUAUCGUCGUCAUCGCACCCAUUACAUUAUAAUAUUGUUGGUGUAUAUAAUAUAUUAUACGAUGAACAGCAACAGACCAACAAGAAGGUAUCAUCAGCAUCAUCCCUUCUGGAUAAGGAUGGUGGUGGUGGUGGCGCUGGCGGCGGCGCUGGGGGUGGUGCGGGCGGAGGACCCGUAUCUGUUCUUCCGGUGGGAGGUGGAGUACGCGACGCUGUCCCCGCUGGGGUCGCCGCAGCAGGUGAUCACGAUCAACAAGCAGUUCCCGGGGCCCCGCAUCAACUGCACCACCAACAACAACCUGGUGGUGAACGUGUUCAACCACCUGGACGAGCCCCUCCUCUUCACCUGGAACGGCAUCCAGCAGCGCAAGAACUCCUGGCAGGAGGGCAUGCCCGGCACCAACUGCCCCAUCCCCCCGGGGGCCAACUACACCUACCGCUUCCAGGCCAAGGACCAGAUCGGCUCCUACUACUACUAUCCCACCACCUCCCUCCACCGCGCCGCCGGCGGCUACGGCCCCAUCACCAUCCACAGCCGCCCCCUCAUCCCCGUUCCCUUCCCUCCCCCGGAGGACGAGCACGUCGUCCUCGCCGGCGACUGGUACUCCGACGGCCACGUUUCCCUCCGCAAGAAGCUCGACUCGGGGCGCACCCUCAGCCGCCCCGACGGUGUCAUCAUCAACGGCCGUCGCGGCGAGGACGCCCCCGACCAGCCCAUGUUCUUCAUGGCCGCCGGGAAGACCUACCGCUACCGCAUCUGCAACGUGGGGAUGAAGAACUCCAUCAACGUCCGCAUCCAGGGGCACACCCUGAAGCUGGUGGAGGUGGAGGGCUCCCACACGGUGCAGAACACCUACGACUCCGUCGACGUCCACCUGGGUCAGUGCUACUCCGUGCUGGUCACCGCCGACCAGACCCCCAAGGACUACCUCCUCGUCGCCUCCACCCGGUUCACCAAGAGCCCCCUGGCCACCACCGCCAUUGUCCGCUACAACGGCAGCAGCAUCCCGGCCUCCAAGGACCUCCCCAAGGCCCCCGAGGGCUGGGCCUGGUCGCUCAGCCAGUUCCGGUCGCUGCGGUGGAACCUGACUGCCAGCGCGGCGCGGCCCAAUCCGCAGGGCUCGUACCACUACGGGAAGAUCAACAUCACCCGCACCAUCAAGCUGGUGAACUCGGCCAACACGGUAGACGGCAAGCUGCGGUACGCCGUGAACGGGGUGUCCCACGUGAACUCGGACACCCCCGUGAAGCUGGCCGAGUACUUCGGGGUGGCGGCCAAGGUGUUCAAGUACGACCUGGUGCGGGACGAGCCGGCGGCGGACGCCGAGAACAAGAUCACCGUGGCGCCCAGCGUGGUGAACGUCACCUUCCGCGACUUUGUCGAGAUCGUGUUCGAGAACCACGAGAAGAGCAUCCAGGCGUGGCACCUGUCGGGAUACUCCUUCUUCGCCACGGCGAUCGAGCCCGGGAGGUGGACGCCGGAGAAGCGCAAGGGGUACAACCUGAUCGACGCGGUGAGCCGGCACACGGUCCAGGUGUACCCGGGGUGCUGGGCGGCCAUCAUGACGACGUUCGACAACUGCGGGAUGUGGAGCCUGCGGUCGGUGGCGCUGGAGCGGCAGUACCUGGGCCAGCAGCUCUACAUCAGCGCCCAGUCCCCGGUCAGGUCCGCGCGGGACGAGUACCCCGUCCCCGCCGACCUCCCCCUCUGCGGCGUCGUCAAGGGCCUCACCCCGCCCGCCACCCCAUGACACAGACAGACAGACAGACAGACAGACAGAGUGAUGACUCAUUCCUUACUUGUUUCAUUCAUUUUUUUUUCUUUUGUUACGGCCGCAUUAGAUAAUAAUAAUAAUAAUUACUGCAUUAGUAAUUUUCUGUUGAGUUGAGUAGUAGUAUGUAUGUAUGUGUACGUACGUGUUUGUCUGGAAAUUCGAUUUUUGGCCUCAAAAUUUUCACUAGGGAGAAUAGGUAGGUUUUUUGUGAUGUGAACCCCAAAAUUGUAAUUGAAAUUACACUGUUUCUACAGAGGAAAAGAAUAGAUUGUCGAAUGAGUGGUGGUUGGAUUGGAUUGGA